CCCCCAGGGUGGGGGGGUCUGCAGCGCAUAGACACACCCUGUUUCCUUAAUUCAGGAGAAUUCAUGCAGUCACGUUUCAGUCACAUGACUUCAGGCCUUUCUCUGAUUUUAAGGAAGUUUCACUCAGCAGCUCAAAACCUGCUGACGCUGUCGAUGAGAAGACUCAGAGACUCAGAGACUCAGAGAUGCAAAGACUCAGAGGCUCCGAGACUCAAAGACUCAGAUACUCAGAGACUCAGGGACUCAGGGAAUCAGGGACUCAGGGACUCAGAGACUCAGAGACUCAGGGAAUCAGGGACUCAGGGACUCAGGGACUCAGAGAUGCAAAGACUCAGAGGCUCCGAGACUCAAAGACUCAGAUACUCAGAGACUCAGGGACUCAGAGACUCAAAAACUCCGAGACGCAAAGACUCAGAGGCUCAGAGACUCAGAGACUCGCUGCUCGUCCAGUCACUGUGCCGGUUGCAGGUUUAAAGGUGCAGCAAAUAAACUCAAAUAAACGUGUUUGCUCAAAGGCACUUUUGUCCUUUUUGGUUAAUUCCUCGACCAAUCAGACGCUCUGACGAACAUCCGGGGUCGGAGAAGCUCAGGAGGUCGACUUUCUUAGCAAUCGUUUUUGGGGGCGUGUCUCUGGAGGGAGGUCUGAUUGGACAAGAAUAGAAUAUAGACUUUUAUUAACCCUCCGCGCGGGCACCGGGGAUUCUUUAGCUAAACGGCCCUAAACAGCUUCCCAUUCAUUCUCUAUGGCGGUGUCUAAAAUCGCCGAUGUAAUAUAUCUCUGGCCACUCGCAGCUCAGUGGCGCUGUUUUCAGAGUGAAGCUCCUCCCGCUCCUCCCCCUCCUCCGUCUCAUUCAGUCUGCUGUGAGAAGGACCGACUGCACAUACGGAUCUCUGGAGCUCCACCGUUACGUCAAGCAGAGAGAUGAGCAGACAUGUGUUUUACCCUGGGAGAAUGGCUGUUUCAUUCCUUCCGCUGGCUUCUGGAGAAUGACAUUUGAUACACCAUCUACCUCAUCAGGAACCAGCAAAGAGAGGAAGCUGCAGGAGUGUUCAUGGCAGCGGGGCACAACAAGGACAGCCUCCUGUCCUUUCUCAACUAUUCCCUCAUGUUUGGAGGAAUCCAGUCUCUCCUCAACUAUGAGGAACACAAGCCAGUUGUGACAGCAGCAGCAUCGGAGGAUGACCAGCUGGUGGGUUUUGGGACUCGUGCCUACAGCACCUGGCGAGAGGUCUGGGAGAGCAGGGAGGACGGCUAUGCAUCCUUCAUCCUGAAGAAGAACUGCACUGCAGGCACAAAGAUGCAUAAGCUACAACUCUACCUCAAGAAGAAGCUGCAGCCACCCACUGUCUCCCCUCUGAUGUCACACGCCUCACCUGUGAUGUCACACGCCUCACAUGCUCCUGCUGAAGCCAUUGGUGAGUCUGGUGUCUUGUCAGGGAUCUACAUGCAAGUCAUACAAGCGCAAAUGCAUCACAGUGAUGGAUGAAGAUGAAGAGCUGGAGAGGAUGAUGCUGAGCAUCUCUCCUUCAAAGCAACAUGUGCAGAGCUCUGUUUCUGCAUCUUCGUCAUCCUCCUCAUCUGCCAGACGACGAGAAAGAGGUCUUUAACCCAGAGCACCGUGCCGCCGACCGACACAACUGGGACCAUGAGUUCCUCUCCCACAUGCAGCAGGACUCGUCUGGUGUCGGCCGUGUUCUGGUCCUGUUUGUCUUUUGGUGUUCCGCCUGUUGUCCUCGUGACGAUGAAUGGACUCCGGUCCUGAUGAGGCAGCCAGGCGUUCACCUCCCAGCCGUCUUUGAUCCUGCAUUGAUGGCCCAGCUCAACGCAGCCUCCGAACGGGUGUUGGGACAGAUGAAGUAUCCAGCAUUUCAUCUCUCGAGCACCGACACUGGAGAAAAGUUUGGCCUGCAGUACGUUGAGCCUGGUUGCCGCCCAGUUCCUGUGGACUGGGACAAGCACAGGACCAAGUCGGACUCUGCCCCCCCGGCCCUGAAUCCACCUCCUCAAAGCAGCGUGCCUACUGCCCAGUCAUCCUCACUCUUCAUGGCACCACAGAAGCUGUUCCAGUUUCCUCCACGCCCUCCUGUGGAUUCUGCUGCUGUCAAACCAGACGUGACUCCCGGACCUCCGACAGAUCCAGAAACAUGUCGGCCGUCUCUGCCGCUGCUGUCCUCGCCGACUGCCGCUGCACUGGACCUGUGAAGACAGGGGGGAGAGUGUUUGUGUUGGACCACAAGCGGUGGCCGGCCCCCAUGAAGGCAACUAUUGACAACCUGCUCAAUAAACACUGUGGCAUGAAGGACAUGCUCAAGCUAGUGGACCAGGACUAUGCUGCUCUAGUUCACAACUCUUGCACAGACCCAAACAACAUGCUCCACCCAACAACUAAACACCACAUCUUACUAUAUGUUAAACACCUCUGCAAAUUACUGAACACCAGCUCGUCUUUAAACACCAGCCCCGAAAAACUGCAAGAGCGGCAGGAACUCUGGCACGCUCUGACAAAGGGCAGCGAGACGACCCGGGUGCCGGUUGUAACAAUGCCUGUUGCAGUCGUGAACCCACCUCCACCUAGUCAGACCCUCACAAAAGCCUCUAUUGAGCAAAUUGUGCAAAAUAUUAUUGAAAAGCAACAACAGCAUCAGCAGCAACAACAACAACCAGUGGCUUCAAAGAAGCAGACAAAAACGUGCCUUUCCUGUGGUCAGCCAAAGUCCAGGUAUGAGAAUGAUGGUUACUCCAUCCACUUCUUCUACCAGCAGAUACUUUUACUGCUCCACUAAAGUUUUUAAAGCUUACGGUGCUGAGGGUCUGACAAACCCAAAAAUGCCAUUUAAUGACUUUGCAGGAACACAGUUCUUUCAGCAGGAACUGUCUGCCACAAAGAAAAGGGUGGAGGAGAGAGGCCAGCAGAAGAGGAAGAGAACUGAAUCCCAGCACAGAACCCCAGAACACUGGUCCAAGGUGUCGCUUUUGUGGGAUGGGACUGAAGCAGGGCCCAAACAGCCCUCACAUUCACACCGGGUUCCCGGGGGUAGCAGGGAAGUACGUUUAUUGUCCUGCCAAAGUAUUUUCCCUGUACAGAGACCAGGGCAUGGAGAAGGAGAUGACGUGGAGAGAGUUCAAGGCAUCUGCCUUCUAUGAGACGGGAAAAACAGAUGGGCCGUUGACAAGAGCAAAUAAGAGAGAUGGGCAGUGUUUUGUCAUGUAUAUAUCUUUUCUUAUUUUAAUAAUUACAUUCUUUUAUGAUAUAAAUUAUAUUUGUUUUACUAUUUUUAUUGUUUGUGUGACCUUGCACUAUGGCCUGUGUGUUCAAUAUUUACUGUCCUUGUUGUGAAUAAAUAUAUUUCAUGGA